UCUGAGGGUCUCCUCCUCUUCCUCCUCCUCCUCCUCCUCCUCCUCUUUUAUUCUCCACCGACCCUGUCGUCGAGCAGCGCGGCCGAGCUGGGGGGCAAUCCUGGGAAAGGGAGCCGCGGCGCCGCGCACCGGCCGACGGACGCCCCGCCGCGACGCGCCACCAACAUGCUCACCCGGGUCAAGUCCGCCGUGGCCGGGUUCAUGGGUGGAAUCAUGGCCGGGGGCAGCUCCGGCGGAGGGGGCAACACUGGUUCCGAGCUGCCGCUGAAAUUCCCAUAUAUGAGACCUCAGUUCCUUGGACUGUCCCCGGAUGAGAUCGAGUGCUCCGCGGACCACAUAGCUCGGCCCAUCCUCAUCCUGAAGGAAACUAGGAGAUUACCGUGGGCCACCGGAUACGCUGAGGUUAUUAAUGCUGGUAAGAGUGCACUGAAUGAGGACCAGGCCUGCUGCGAGGUGGUCGUAGCGAGAAGGAGGCCAAUGAGCUACUGCCCUCCCUCCACUCCCAGCAAGACCCCCACGGCCAAGAGACGCAACUCCCUGCCCAACGGAGAGGGCCUGGGGCUCCGCAUGGAGCAUGGCAAGCUGGGAGAGGACAGUGAGGGACUGGUGUUCCACUACUGGGCCUUGUUUGACGGACACGCUGGUUCAGGGGCAGCAGUUGUCGCCUCUCGCCUACUGCAGCACCACAUCGCCUGCCAGCUCCAGGCCGUUAUCGAGAUCCUACGCAACCUAGCCUCCCUACCCCCGACCGUCCUGGGCGAGGAGCCCGAAAACAACCCCUACCUCCAGGGAAACACCCCAGGCCCUCACCGAGCCCUGACCCGUGCCGCAUCGCUGCGCGGGGCCUCUGGUAUGCCGGGUUCCCCGAGCAGCACCCCUCCUCCGCCACGCUUUUUUACUGAGAAGAAGGUCCAGCAUGAGAGCCUGGUGAUAGGAGCCAUAGAGAACGCCUUCAAAGAGAUGGAUGCCCAGAUUGAGAAGGAGAAGCAAGUCUAUAACAUCACAGGAGGAUGUACAGCCCUCACUGUGGUUUACCUGCUAGGAAAACUAUACGUUGGGAAUGCAGGUGACAGCAGGGCUAUCAUUAUUAGAAACAAUGAGAUCAUUCCCAUGUCGACAGAGUUCACACCAGAAUCAGAACGACAGCGACUACAGUUCCUGGGUUUUAUGCAGCCUCACCUGUUAGGAAAUGAGUUCACACACCUGGAAUUUCCCCGGAGAGUUCAGAGGAAGGAGGUGGGCAAGAGGAUGCUCUACAGAGAUUUCACAAUGAAUGGAUGGGCAUACAAGACCAUUGAGGAUGAAGAUCUCAAGUUUCCACUAAUAUACGGGGAAGGGAAAAAGGCACGGGUGUUGGCCACCAUUGGUGUUACCCGUGGGCUCGGUGACCAUGACCUCAAGGUUCACGACUCCAACAUCUACAUCAAACCGUUCCUGUCCUGUUGCCCCGAGGUUAAGGUAUAUAACCUGACACAGUAUGAGCACGGGGCUGAUGAUGUGCUGGUAAUGGGAACCGACGGCCUCUGGGACGUCCUCUCUAACCAGGAAGUAGCCGAAGCCGUGACCACAUUCCUAGCCAACUGUGACCCUGAUGACCUGCACAGGUACACAAUGGCAGCACAAGACCUGGUUAUGCGAGCACGUGGCGUGCUGAGGGACCGAGGCUGGAGGAUCACCAAUGAGCGUCUGGGCUCCGGAGACGACAUCUCGGUCUUCAUCAUACCGCUCAUGUAUGGCAACCGUCAGCCCUGAGGAGCCCCGACAGAGACGCUGCGGUUCAAGGACCUGAAGGGCGUGUAGGCUCUUAAACCAACAGGACUGAUUAGUCCUGGACUCAGAAUCCCUUUUCAGUUUCCUUAAUGCCGUUUGCACAUUUCUUUUCUUCCUUAGACCAAGGAUAUACUCAUAAUUGGAUAUUUAUGUUGGUGUUUCAUAUCUCUAUAGGAGUUCAUAAUUGGUCAGCCACCAACUUUGGCUGCUCAGGGGAACUACAGUCAGCACUGCUUCAUUUUCUAAAGCCUCAAAAGUCAUAAAACCUCCAACAUGAAAAUUUAGACACAUGGUAAUUUAAUUUGCCAAAAGUCAAAGCUGUCAAGAAAUAAUUUGGCCUGUAUAAAGUAGAUAAAAGUGAUGGAUCAACGUUGUUAGUGAAAGCAGUUCCAUAGAGGUUGACUGCCCCUGAACUUCUCCAGAGAUGUGAAAGCUGAAAUAGGCGAAAGUCUCUUCCAAAGUGAAGAAAAGACCCUCUUCUUUCUGUCCUUCUUACCUCUCUUACAGUGCUGUACAAUACUUGGAUCCAAUUCCUUCUAUUUCAGUCUUCUCCUGUACUGUACAGUUAACUUGUUUGUAAAAAAAAAAUACCUCCUUCGUCUUGUGACCAUGGACCGAGCUGACAGGUCAGCUUAGUUUUCUGUUUUGCCACAGUGUGGCUUUGAAAGAGUCACUUGCUGAAGAACUGCGUCCAGAUUGCAUUUUAGAUCACAGACUGAUGGCAGCAAUGAGAUUUUGACUGGUAGGACCCCCGAAACCCUGAAAACUUGUCACAUGACAAGUUGGGAGAGGGUGGGGGGGGGGGUUGAUCUCUGUUUUAGGAUGUAGGCGUUUUUCUGUAAAAGUGCACAACUGACCAACGUGGACGCAAAAGGAAAGAGACUAGGAAGUUAACCACCUCAUAGAAGCAAGGCAGAUCAGGAAUCAGUUUUACUGUAAAAACUUGUGAGCCUGUAUGAAAUCUUAAAGAGUCUUACAAUUCUCAAAAAUCAAUCAAAAUGUCCAAAAAAACUCAACCAGAUCAAUCCAAAAAAAACCCCCAAAAAAACGCCAAUCGAUCAAUCUGCUGGUCAUCAGUGAGUUUGUGUUAAGUGAUUAGCAGUCAUGGUUACGGUGUUUUUAACUUGGAUGGAUAUUUCACAUUUUGACAUGAGUCUUUAUGAAACAGCCAUGGUUCAACAUUUAGGGAAAUGCACUUCUUUGCUUUUUGCUGAGAGCUAAGAAGAUCAAUACCACUCUCAUAUCUGUGCAUUAAAUAUGACGCUAUAGCCAGGGGACAGUUAGCUUAGCUUAGCUUAAGACUGGAAGCAGGGGGAGAAAUAGCUAGCUUGGCUUUGUCUAAAUAAUUUUUAAAAAAAAGCUCUCUUAACUCGAAUUAAACGUUACCUUAUAUCUGUUUGUUUUUUUUAAAAAAAGGAAAUGGGGGGGGGGCACACCAUAAAAAUCACCAAAAUAACAUGUACAAUAUAAAUGAAGCUAUAGAUGGCAUCCAGUUAGCUUAGCUUAUAAAGACAAAAUUGGGAAACUAGGAGUUUCCAAAGGUAACAAAAUCUGUCUAUUAGCCCCUCUAAAGCUCAAUAAUUAGCAUGUAUGUCUUUUGUCCCCAUUGUUUGCUAAGACAGUUGGUUAAAGCAGUAACUUCUAAGCUAACUUACUGUAAGCUAACAGUUUCUAGGCGGUAGCUUCCUGUUUAAUGUACAGAUAUGAACGUGACAUCAGUUACACAAGCUGAACCGAACAUUUGAAAACGUGGAAUUUGUGAAAAUUGAGUUUUCAAGAAACCCUUUUUACAUGUAGCUAAAUGCUAGAUUUGACGACUCGUACAUCAGUGUACUCGCACUUUAGGCUGACCCACAUCAUUAACCAAGGAGCCGUGAUAUAUGGAAUGAUGAAGAGGCCAAUAUUCCCUGCAGCAGGGAGGAUUGAGUUAAAUUCAUAAUCGUGAGCAUGAAAAACAAUCAAAGUCAUGGUGAACAGAAGUUUCACAGAGAAACCGAAAGCUUUCUUUUGCUUUAACAUGUUAGGCAUGUUUCAGAAGCUUUAGUCGCUUGAUACAGAUCACGUUUGUCUUCAGAGGGACACGUUUGGGAGUAACGAUGUGUGAUUGACUGUGUGUCAGUGCAUGCAGUGACAUAUUUAAGGCCUGGGAAUAUGAGCAACGGUGCAAUGGUUUACACUGCUGUUUGUUUUUAUAUGGACUGAAUUUGUAUUUCUGUAAUGUAUCAAAAGUUAGUGACAAUGUCAUUUUGUUUGUAAAUGUGCAGAUACCAUGCAUAUAUUUAUUAGGUUGUUUUUUUUUUUUUUUUUUGAGGGUUAUUAGCAUCCCCGACAUUUAGCGUAAGAGCUGAGGGUGCGAUUUGUUGUGAAGGAAGGGAACGGCGGGAUGGACGAAAGGGAUGCUCAUGGACAGAGACAAAACCAAAUCAUAGGUUUUUUGCACUUUUUUCAUCUUGUUGAGUGGACUUCAGAAAGAAAAGUGACCGUGAAGGGUCGUCUGAAAACUGUCACAGCCUCCGAGACUGAUGUGCAUGUGUAUUUUUUUCACCACUUCCCUACAUUAUUAUUCUGCAUUCACACAGGCUACACUCCUCAGCCAGCCACCUUGGGUUAAGAUGCAGAAAUGAGAAGUAGUCUGGGGGAAGGUGAAACUUAGAGGAUAACUAUAAAAGUUUAUUUCAAAGAAAAAAGUUUAGUUCCGAGCAGAGAAGAAAAAAAAACAAAAAAACAAUUGACAGCAUAAAAUGAAAACUGCAUGUUUAAUGGUUAAGUCCUUGUAUGACAAAUAAACAGUGAUAGCUUAGGGUUGUUUUUUUUUUUACCUUAAUAGUGGAUAUGUCGAGUUUUGGAGUAGCACUGGUUUACUUUAGGCUUGACUGUAAGGUGAGAAUAUGUCUCUUCAUUUUAUAAAACAGGGCAUACAGGCGAUUAACUGAAUCCAAGAAAUUCAUGUGGAAAUGGUGCAGUGCCAGGAUGAGGAAGCCACUGUUAGAGGAAAAGUUUGACAUUUUGGGACUGUAUUAACUUAGUUGCAUUCUGGUGGAGAAAUAUAUGAGAAGAUUUAUACCACUCAUAUCUUUUAUGGUAAAUGUGAAGGUACAGCUAGUAGUUAGCUUAGCUUAGCAUGAAGACAAGAGGUGGGCUCUGGCUCAGUCAGACGGUAACAAAAUCCAACUACUAGCACGUCUAAGGCUCAAUAAUGAACUUGUAGGGACGUAACUGGCACAUAACCCCCUGUAAAACAGCAAAUUGUUAGUUCUUGUUAAAAGUUAUUACCUUUCAGUUGUGAGCUGUUGGUGCUGGUAGGCGGAUUUUGUAAUUGUUGCACCGAACCAGGCUAGCCUCCCUGUUUCCAGUCUUUAUGGUAAGCUUACCGUGUGUAGCUUCAUAUUUAACGUACAGGCAUUACAGAAGUUUCGAUCUAACUCACUGCCAGUACAAAAGAAUGCGUAAAUCCCAAAAUGCUUAACUUUUACUUUACGUCACAUGCCAUUGUGUUGCAUGGGCUAUUUUUCAUCUUAGUUUUUGUGCAGUUGACAGUUAUCUACAUUCCUCCAUGCAGCAGUCAUUUACAUUUGCCUGAAGUUCAUAUGGUGCAUUUUUCCUCCUGUACAUUCCAUGAAAGAAACAUUUAAUUUAAAAAUGAUGUACUGUAAUACAUGUCAUUGUUAUUUACUAUUGUACCUGUUGCAUCUGUUUUUCCAUCAAAUAAGCUAUUUGACCUUGUUACCAAGUCUUUAAAAACUUGUUCUAUAUUUAAUUUAUUGAAUGUCUGUUUUAUUUUAUUUUACUUUGUUUACUCUGCUGCCACCCAACCAUUGUCUUAGCAUGUCCCAGUUCAACAGAGAAACCAGGCUUCACCCGACAGAGAGAGCGAAUGUUUUGAGCUGUGAACAUGUCAAGACAACGCGUGAAUGGGGCAUCAGAAUGUGUUGAAUGUUCAUCCCUAUACCUGUCAUUAAGCCUUUUUCUCAUAGAUGAAUGUCAAAGAAUGAUUUAUUUUUGUCAUCCUACUGUGCCACCCAACUGCUGCACAUCAACUCAGGUUCAAUUAUCAUGUGUAGUUAAAGUUGUCAAGCUUUUAAGAGUGAUUUUCUAAAGGCAGGGAGUCCUCCAAGGUGGUUUAUUAGUUCCACUACAUUUGUGAUUACAUGGGAGUGGAUUGUUGUGUUUCGGGAACCUCUUAGGCUUGAAAGUAUACUUCGGCCUUCGGCCCGACUGUAGGUUUCCAUUUUUGAAGUUGCUGUAUUAUGAAAGUAGGCACUCCUGUUGUUUUUCUGCCUUUAGGCUAUAACGUUUGUUAUGGGAAAAUGAAAUGAACUGGGAGGUUUUUUUCUGUAGCAAAGAGGAAGUUUGAAACCCAGUGGGGAACCGUUUUUAAGUGACCAUUGUGCUACCCUCAACCUCUUCAUUUGUGAAUGUGAAAUGUACAUUUUGUAUAACAAAAAGAUAACUUAUGAAGUCAAAAAGAAAUAUUUUUAAUGUUUCCUUGUGCAACUCUGACUUUGGGGAAAAACUAUGUUUACCUUCAGUGUUUCUUUUCCAGAAAUGACAAAAAAAAUAAAUGUUAAAGAUCAAUGUAAAAAA